CAUCCGUUUUGAACUCUCAACAUGCUUGUUCUUUUAUUUCACAAUCACUUUCUGCUUAAUCAUUCGGCUCUGUUAAGUUAGAGAACUGUUUACACUUACGCCUAGCCUUGGUUUUCAGAAGUAGAGUUGAUGCGUAUUGUUCCCGACUUUGUUCGAAAUACUCUCCUAAAAUAAUAACUAUUAUUUAUUAAUUGCAAAAUGAGAAGCGAGUCUAAAGUUUCGAUCGAUUCACAAAAUGGUUUUAAUUCUUCAGAAGCUAACAGAAACUUUUUUACGAAGUCUCGAAUAUUGAAGAAUGCUUUUGUCUUGUCUUCGGGUUUCAUCUUGCUGUUUACAGCAAAUGACGCGCUUACUAUGCUACAGAGUACUAUUAACCGAGAGCAAGGGAUUGGUGUCGACACCCAAGCGAUUAUAUUCGCAUGCUUCUGCGUGUCAGCUUUGCUGUUGCCAAAGUAUGUCAUCAAAAAGAUAGGCUGCAAAGCCACUCUUGUUUUUUCGAUGGCAUCUUAUGUUCCCAUACUUGCUGCAAACUUCUAUCCUCGAUGGGCUUUGAUGGUGCCAUGUGCCAUCCUUAGCGGCAUCGGGGCCUCUUUACUUUGGGGCUCUCAAUGUACGUUCCUAAACGAGAUUGCUGCCAUUUACGCUGAGCAUCUCGUGCCAGUUGUCGACCUGAAGCAAAAUGAUCGGAAAGCAAAAAUCAAUGCUUUCCCUACAGAAAAUGUGAAUUCUAAUCGCCCAAAAAAAUCAGUUUCGAGAAGUAUUUCUGACAAUCAAGCUGCAGAGACUGAGAGCAAACCAGAUGGUAAAAAGUUUAAUUCAGGUGGAAUCGAAAAGAACUGUUUGCAAUCCAACUGGAACACUUUUUCAAAAACGAAACAAAAAACCGAAGAAAAUGGCACGAAUGGUGACACCGCAAAACAUACUGAGAAGCAGUUUGCUAAGACUUAUAAAGUUCAUCAACUCGAUCCGAGUUCAUUGACUGAAAUACAAGACACCAAAAGUAUCUCAGAAAACUCUAAUCUACCAAAAUUAAUAGAAUCAACGACAGCAAGAUUCUUUGGAUGCCACGGGAUGGCCUACCUGUCUACACAUAUUUGGAGCAACCUCAUGUCCUAUUACGUUCUUCAGAAAGACCACAACCAGCACAGCUCUGCCGGCAAUUUCAGCUGUACUUGUGGUGCAGAUUUCUGCAACGAAGAAUCUCUGUGUUUCAUACAGAAUCUAGGGGAUCCUAGCAACGAAGUAAGGUACAUUCUAACAGGUGCCUGCGUGGCUCUCAGCGUUUGUUCAGUGAUAUUAGUUGCCGCGUUUAUGGAUCCGUUAAGAACAGACAAGAAACAUGUGUCAUUUUCUUUAGAUUUACUGAUGGCUACUUUUAACCUCGCAAGAAAAAAGAAGAAAGUGCUACUGCUUAUUCCAAUGUCUUUUUACAUUGGUAUGAUGCAUGGCUUUUACAUUGGGGAUUAUACAAAGUCUUACAUCGGAUGUGCGUGGGGCACUCACCACAUAGGUCUGGUAAGUGUGUGCUACGGUGCCAUGUGUGCCAUAUCUUCCCUGCUGUCCGGAUGGUUGGUGAAGCGGUUGGGCAGGUUGCCCAUCUUGAUUUUUGCCGCCAUUGUCAACCUGGCCGACGUGCUGUUGCUCCUGCUCUGGCAUCCUCAUCCGAACGAGCCCGCGCUGUUCUUCAUAGCUUCCGGGUUGUUUGGGUUUUCUACCGGAAUAUUCUGGUCACAGAUUAGAGCUUUUUAUGGAAUUCUCUUCAAAGCCGAUGAAGAAGCUGCUUUUGCUACCUACCACUUGUGGCAGUCUCUGGGAACAUGCGUUUCGUUUUCCUACAGCAAUUAUCUAUGCACUUCUGUCAAGGUGUACUUAUUGCUGGUUGUUUCAACAGUUGCCAUCUUUGGGUACUUAGCGGUUGAAUUAUGUCGAUUUUUUCGAAGAGAAUGAAAAAAACUGUUACAAAAUCUUGGAAUAUGAAUGACUUUCAGAGGCUAUGAUCUGAGGCAUAUGGCUCGAAAUAAAUAAAUAAGAGAUCAUUAAAUGAGCUUUUUGUAGGUGCAGUUGAAUAAAAGGAGCAAUUGUUAAGAUGCUGUACAGGAAGAUUCAGUACCUCUUUAUACUGUCAUUAUUAACCAACAUUAGACUAAAUGCAGGGCCUGAUUACUGAAUAGGCCAACUAUGCCCCAGUCUAGGGCUCCCGAUAUUUAGGGGCCUCCAAAUGCUGAAAUUACUUUAGUCUAUGGUUAAAAUUGUUUCAUCCAACGGCUAAAGUUAUAAAGUUUAAAUACAAAGGGCCCCAAAAAACAAUGUGUCCCAAGGCCCCUCGAUAUCUUAAUUGGGCCCGGCUUAAACGAUAUGUUGAUAGUUAUGGACACCUGUGUUGCAACGAGCUUCAUAAAGGUGAUGGUUGAAUAAAAGGAGCAAUUAUUAAGAUGUUGUAAGGGAAGAUUCAGUACCUUUUCAUAAUGUCGUCAUCAGACAACAUUAGCCUAAAUGAUAUGUUGAUAGGUAUGGGCACCUGUGUUGCAAUGAACUUCUUGAAGGUGAUGGUUCAAUGAAAGGAGCGAUUGUUGAAGUGCUGUACAGGAAGAUUCAGGACAUUUCAUAAUGUCAUUAUUAACCAGCGUUAGUCUAAAUGAUAUGUUGAUAGGUAUGGGCACCUGUGUUGCAAGAAAUAGACUAGAGUUUAAGUCUGAAGACUUUCAAAUUGUAAAAAAUAAAUAAAAUGUUAAGACUUCACCAAAACACGUUCACAUCGUCAAGGGCUUUAUUAAAUCCACUGCAUCUGUGACUUUUUAUGUCUCCUGAAAUGGAUUCGAAAGUAUUUAACGAGGUAAAUCUAUAGGAUAGACAACAAAUAAGAUGGAAAUGGCGUUACAAUAGAAUUUCCUAUAACUAAGAAAUAUUUGAUGGAUUUGUAAAACUGAGGAUUUUAUGAAUGUGUCUCGAUUAGGGCUGUGAAUGAAAAUAGCAUUAAUACAGGAAUGCAAAGGGGGACCCACAGGUUUGGGGGACUCCAUUUCCUAUCAUAGAACUCUGCAAAGCAUUUGUGUGCACAUUUGUAUUUACUUUGGGGCUCUCGCAAUUGCGACAUGGUAUAUGCUGGACUGCAGGUAUAUGCUGCAUGGUAUACGCUACAAUCAGCAGGACUGCAGGUAUACGCUGGAGUGAGCAAGACUGCAGGAAUUUAUGCCAUGUAAAUAUUCAUGAACAGUUUGAAUAUCUUGUAUGAAGGAAUUACAUGAGAACAGCAAGUCACAGCACUUUGACUAAGAUGGGACCCUUAUGUGAAAGUGGUAAUGGCACGAUCCUAAGACUUUACAAGAGUCUCAAAGAAACUCUUGCAUCAGCGUCGUAAUAAAAUUACAUGAAGCAUGUCUCAAAUGUGUCCCAUGAGACGUUACAGUUCUGUCACUUCGUGACUUGUGACCCAAAGUGAGGUCGCCGUUUGAUACUGCUGUUUGUAAAUGUAUCAUCUGCUAUGUUUGACAUUUAGUUUUGCUAUUUAUUGUCUUCUGCAAUGUAUAUGAUUCUUUGUAUUAUUUUAUUUAUUUAUCGUCUGCGCUAUCUAUUGUUCUUUCUAAUGGCAACGGCAAAAGAAAGAGAUUGUACAGUUGAGUUAUUACGAUGGAUUGUGAAUGAGGUUUUUUUUGGUCACCCUUUGUUGGCG